AUGGAAAAACUGCUACAGCCGCUAAGGGAACAAGGCAUGAUUGAUGAUAAAUCAUUAGGAUCAGCGCCAAAGAAACCUCGGUUGAGCAAUGGAGCUACUUUUGACAUAUUUAGUGCCAACCCUGAUAACGGUACGACUUCUUCUUUAUCAUCAUCAGACAGAGUAUACACCUCUCCACCGAGCUCAAAAAACCUAUCAAACUUGGAAAAUUAUAACACAUACCAGAAUCCGAUCGAACAAACAAAUGUCUGGGAACAGCCGCAACUGAACAUUCAUAAUGGACAAUUAUCUCCAAGUGACGACGUCUCCGUCGAUAAUUCAAAAAUAAUAGAUGAAUCAGACGACAACAACAGCACGUGUCAAGAAGGUCAUAAGGGUGACUUGUUAUUUUUUGGCAAAACAUCUGCUCACCCCGGUUUUAGACGCUUGGGCGAAUGUACUCCCCCCGAAGAGGGGAAUUUAUCUGCGAAUGAAACAUCGCUUCCCAACGUGGCUCAAUCAGGAAUAUUUAACGCGUCCAUGUUUCAAGCACUACCAUACCCUUUUGCAUUUCCUCGUGGAGACAGUUAUCCGCCAAGUGAUAUUAUAGAUCAUUUAUCCUUGUGUUUUUUUAAUCAUAUGAUCAACCACACACCAAUGUUUCAUGAGCCCACGUUGAGGUUCAGACUAAGGACAAGGAAGGCUUCGCCCUUUUUGGUUUGGGCUUUGUGUGCAGUAGCUGCUCGUUAUUCUGAUUUACCAGGUAUUGCGAAAGAUCCACCUCAUUCUGCCGGUGAUGUUUUUGCUGAAAGGGCGAUUUCAUACAUGGCCGAGUCGUUUGAUGACCCCAACGUCGAAAAUGUUCAAGCUAUCCUUUUACUCUGUCUGCAUAGUUUCGGAUCAGCGAAAGGACCGCGCUCAUGGAUGUACAUCGCAAUGGCCGUGAGAAUGGCCCAGGCAUUAGGAAUGCAUAAAGAGUUCGCUGACGUAUCUUGCAUGUAUGCCAAGAAAGGAAAUUCUCAUCAAGCGUUUAUAUACCGCGAAAUCCGUCGAAGGGUCUUCUGGGUUUGUUUCGUCAUUGAUAGAUUUUCUGCAUGUGCACUCGGUCGUCCAACAAUAAUCGACGAAGGCGACGUCGAGAUAAGACAACCAUGUGAUGACAGAGAGUGGCGCAAGGAGCAUCCAGCUAUUAGUGACAUGAUGGAUGAUCGUCCGGCAGAAUCACCAGUAAAACGUGGAAGACGAUUUAUUCUUUCCACCAGUGGUGUAUUUUCUUCAUUAACCAGCGUCUCCAUAUUACUUGGCAGAGUAGCACAAUACAUUAACAGAAUGCGAUCAGCCGAUGCGUUGCCCGUGUGGGAUUCAAAGUCAGAAUUUGCUCAAUUAGAAAAUCAACUAGAGUCCUGGUACGAAAGUCUCAGUCAGGAAUUGAAAUGGUCACCGGAAAUGCUCAAAUAUCACGUUGGGAAUGGUAAAAUUGGCGCAUAUGCUGCCAUACUGACGUUAUAUCACGUUUCUAUCGUGGUAUUAAAUAGGCCGAAUGUAGCAACUCUUCAAACAGGGACAGCCCCAGAGUCUCAGUUGGCUUUCUUUCAUAUUUCAGCGGAUAAGUGCAUAACCUCUGCAAGGCGGACGGCUAAAAUUGCAGAAGCACUUCUCGAAGCGAAAUGUACGAACCUCUGCCCAUUCACAUUAUACCCAAUCUUCGCCACUGCUACUAUGCAUAUUAAUGACACAUUUAGUAAUGACAAGAACGUAGUGGAAAUUGCUCAUAAAAAUUUGAACAUAACUGAACGAUAUCUUGAAAUGGUGCGACCUUAUUGGAACAUAGCUGGGAAACUCAUACAUAUGCUUAAACAAAUGCGUAAAUGUCGCACAGAGGAUAUCAUGUGUCCCGAGAGUACCGACUCGGGUUUAAUGGAAUACUGGAAUCGCGCCCACGCAUCUUCGAAACCGAGCUCGAAACCGGAUACUUCAUUUCAGGACGUUAUGUCUGAUUCGAGUCUAGUCGGGUUAUCUUCAUUUGUGACACCUGAAUUUCUAUCUCCGCGAUUUAUGACAACUGAGCUUCCAGACCCUUGGGUGAACUUUAUACGAAGUCCUGGAAUAAUAAGUCCUCGAUCACUCGUGCGACUUAGCAGAAGAGAUCCGGUGGACGACAACACCGUGUAUAAUAACCAGGAUGAUUAUUUUGCGCAAGAUAUGACAUUGUAUAAUGUUGUAAACAAUCAGUUUGCAUAUGAAGGACUGACCGACCCGUUGGCAGCGACAUCAUUAACUGAUCUGUCUACGACGCGAUUGUACCGCACGCCUAGUCUCUUCCGACAGUUGGUAGAUCAGCAAGGACUUGGUGGUGGGGCUCUAAAAGAAAUUACAACAGCAAACGGGACAAACUUAUCAGCUGGCCUUGCAAGUCCGGUAAUUGACAGUCUUGAUGCGGACUUUUACGAUAAUUCAAAUUUAGAAGGAGAGGAUAGUCGGAACGACAACCGCGACAAACACAUAUUGCCGGUGGCUUUAUAA